AUGUCAUGUGUAAAGGAGAUCUACCUGGUCGACGCUCCGGAGGAAACCUGCUUUCAAGGCACCAAACCUACCCCUUGCAGCUUCUUUCACUUGGGCGCACCCACAUACACGGCCAAGUGCUUUCCUAAAGAGUGGAGCGCCAGCGAGGGCGCUUUCAUGUCACCUGCUGGCUGCCCGAGAAAGCACACGGUGGCAUGUGCUUCAACGGGAGCCAAAGAGACGAUAGCAACUUGCUGCCCUGAUGACGGCUCACAAGGCACCUAUGAUUGUAUACGCGAUCUAGAGUAUGAUUUCAUGGUCACAGAUCGCUGCACUCGAAAGAUUGCCAAAACUGUAGAGUUUAUCUACACAACUACAACACUGGGGGAAGCAAAGACAAAAAUAAUCACCACCAGUGGUGCUGACCAAGUGAUCUACGCGUAUGGCGCCGAGGUCCGGUGGCAAUCUUCUGAUUAUCCUACAGGGAUAUCGAGCACCUCUUCCAUAAAUACAGAAGCUUCGAGUACACCAGAUUCCACUGGGUCUGGAAGUGAACAACCCUCAGAUUCGAAAGAGUCCGUUGGAUCAGAAGACUCACAACCAGCUACGUCCAGGCUUUCAACUCCGGCCAAGGCUGGAAUAGGCGCGGGUGCGGGAGUCGCGGGAAUUUGCUUGCUGGUAGGCAUUGGCCUUCUCUGGUGGCGUUCCCUCCGGCAGCCAAAGAAGAGCCCACCACAGGAAGUCGAAGUGAGUCGGCCAGAGGACUCGCCUGAUGAAGCCAUGAAGCAAAAGGAAAUUGUGCAGAUUGCAACCACCGAUUCCAGUAGCACGGGAUCCGUCGCUCGAGAAAGUCCUCUUUGGGCGCCUCAUGAAGUUGAUGCGCCACGAAAGGUGCAUGAAGCAGAGGGAUACGCCCCGAUGAGGUUUCAAGAAGCGGACAGCAAACAUAUCUUGGAGCUUGAAAGUCCAGCUGAAGAUGUUAGAAUGUAUCGAUAUAGAUAA